AUGGAUAACAAAAUUUGGCACUUUGAGGAGGAGAUCAAGAAGGUAGAUAACAUGGUUGGGAAUGAAGUCUACGAUGGUACAGUAGAGGCCAGAAGGAAGGCUCUAGUAAGCUGCUGUAAGCAGUGGUAUGUGAGGAAAGAGAUACGCUGGAAACAGAUGUCGCGCUCUAGGCAUGCGAAGAAAAUGGAUAAAAAUACGAGGUACUUUCACAACUUGGCGUCGACAAGAAGAAGGAAUAACAGAAUUGAUGCUUUGGAGAGAUCACCGGUGGUGGGCUUUAGGGACAGACUGGUUAACCGGAUUGAUGAAGAAGAAUCAAGUGCCUUGGAGAGAAUACCGACAUUGGAGGAGAUUAGAGAGGCUGUUUGGGACUGUGAAUCCUCUAAGGCUCCAGGUAGCGACGGGCUGCCUUCUGACUCCAAUAUUACUUGGGUGGCCUUUGCACCGAAGUACACUGGAGCCAAGGAGAUCAAAGACCUCCGACCGAUCAGCAUGGUAGGCUAUAUAUACAAAGUAAUAUCCAAGGUGAUGGUUAGAAGGAUGAGAUCAGUGAUGCCAGGUCUAGUGGGGGAGACUCAAAGCACAUUUGUGAAGGGUCGGAAAAUUCAUGAUGGGGCACUUAUUGCGCGCGAAACAGUGUAG